UAUGGGUCAUAAACAGAACAUUAAAAUUAUGUGUGCGUUGACUCAAACUUAACUAAAACAAUGUAAAUCAACCAUAUUUAUACUUACAGUUAUUUAAUAUGAGUGUACACCAUUAAUUUACCAGGUAAUUUUUACAUUUUAAUUAUUAGUUUUAAAAAUAUUAAAAUAUAAACAUCCUUUUUGUACCCCUCCGUGGACCGUUUCCAAACGCGGUUUCAAACUUCAUGAUCAAAAUUAAAAUGUAAUAAUUUACAAAUACUAAUACAUCACCUCUUUUAACCGUUAUUAAUAUAAUCAAAAUCCAUUUUUCCACUGUUAUACAAUAUUUAAAUAAAAUUUCUUCAAAUUAUGAUACAUGAACAAUUUGUUAUUAGGUCCGCGACUCUUUCCGUGGUCAUAAUAUAUACAAUGUUUGAAUUCUCAAUAUUUGGAACGCAGCCUAAAUUGUUUAUUUGAACUGGUAACAUUUCAAUCGCUGUCAGUUUAAGAUACCUUGGUUUCGGUCUGCAUGCGCUCCGUCAAUUAAAAAACAAAAAUUGCUUAAAUCAAAGAUUAUUUCAGUAUAAUAUAAAAGAUCAUUGCGACUUUUCUGUGACUUCGAUACCACGUAAAUUAAAAUGCCUAGAAAAAUACACUAAAGAAUCUUACUGAUGAAGAAAAAAAGAUGAGACGGCGUGAACAAAAAAAAUUAAGUAUGCGUCGAGCUCGGGCUAAGUUAACUGAAGCUGCUGUUGAAGAGAUACGCAAACAAGAUAGAGAAAGAUACCAUAAGAAAAAGGAUAGAGGAGAUAUUAAAACAAUUGAUCAGUUUACACCGAGGCAACAGCGGCAAAUAAGAAAAAUGUGGCGCGAAAAAUCGAAGAAACGGCGACAAUUAUUAAAGAUGCGAAAAGCUACUGAAUCACUUAUACAAGAAAAUACUCCACCGGCAAGUCCGUCUUCCUCACUCUCGCGAGUUGAAUCUGGACGUGCAGUAGCUGCCCGAAAUAAAAGAGCAAGAAAAGCUGAAAAUGAGGCUUUAAAGAAAAAGGUGUUUCAGAUGGGGAAGGUAAUUAAAAAGUAUAGAAUGAGAAUACGAAGACUAGAAGAAAGAAAACAGAAAGCAUCGAAGUCGAGUUCUAGAAAUAAAGUCUUGAAAACGGAUAUAAGAAAAGCUGUGCAUGAUUUUUUAAUAAAUGACGAAUAUAGUAGAUUAACUGCAGGUAAAAAUGAAACAAUAACUAGGAAAAAAAGCAAAAGGCAAAUUCGUUUACUAAAUGACACACUUUUAAACUUACACAUAAUAUUUAAACUCAAAACAGGAUUUAAUAUUUCAUAUCAGACUUUUAGGAGAUAUAGACCUUUUUGGGUUCUGUUUCCAAAAGCAGCUUCAAGAAACACGUGUCUCUGUACGUUACACGAAAAUAAUGAUCACAUAAUUCGAUCACUUCAAAAAUCGAAAGUUGUUUCUUACGGAUCUGCAUCCGAUGCCGCUAAGGCAUUGUGUUGUAAUAAUACACUGACUCCUAAAUGUUUAGAGAGAGAGUGUCAGAGCUGUCUUUAUAAGAAAAUUGAUUUUAAUAACUUUGCCGAAAACGAUUAUAUAACUUAUGAUAGAUGGGUUACAAAAGACGUGGAUGUAGUUAUCAAAGGUGUACAGAAAAGUGCAAGAAAUGUGUUAAAGAAACUGUUAAAACUACGAUAGGUGCGCUAGUGAAGUUAUUACAUUUAAAUUUACCAGUAUUCAUGCAACAUGUAGCUAAUAUGAUUCAUCAAAUGAGAUCAAUACAAACAUUUAAACAACAAUUAACGUCUACCAAAGGCUUGUUGCAUGUAGACUUUUCCGAAAACUAUAAUUGUAAGUAUAGUGCUGAGGUUCAGUCGGCUCAUUUUGGUGGCUCGAAGCCUCAAUUGUCUCUUCAUACUUGCGUUUAUUAUAGCGCGGCAGAAUUUCCGAAUAAUGGUUUCCAAACUACAUCCAUGUGUUCUAUUUCAAAAAAUUUACGCCAUGAUCCUGUUAUGAUCUGUGCCCACCUUAAACCAAUUCUACAGCGAAUUAAAGAACUCAGUCCAAAUUUAACAGAACUACAUAUUUUGAGUGACGGCCCAACGACCCAAUACCGAAACAAAACUAUGUUUCUUUUAAUUGUUAAAUUCAUUAGUCGAGAAUUAAAUGACGUGACCGAUAUUGUUUGGCACUAUAGCGAAAAGGGGCAUGGCAAAGGUGCUCCAGACGGAGUAGGU